AUGCAACCAAAUCACUGCGACCAGCUUGGUCAGGUGCGCGAGCCCAGAGCCGCAAGUCAACUGAUGCGCGAUGGCCAGCCGAGAGAACAUGGUCAGCCCCGACCGUCCGGUGCGGCACCCAUGAGAUCUGAAGACUCGUGGAUCGAUGUUUCUUCCCAACCGUCAUCCUCAUCACUAUCUUCAGCGGCCACAAACGACGACAUCAUCACAACUGGUCUUCAAGUGGAACCUCGAGACGCUGGCAUUUAUCAGAAUCGUAGUCGGCGACGGCGCAUGCAACAUCUCGCAGCGGUGGCCACGGCGCAUGUCGAUUAUUCGUCGCGCGAGGCUAGCCUGGCAAGCAGCAGUCAAGAGGAAUACGAAGAGAGUGAAAGUGAUCCGGAUCCAAACAUGAGCAGCUCCAAUGAGGAUAUUCAUCGUCCAACCUUGCCUGCUCCACGAUCGGUGCCCUCGGCUCAGUCCGACGCAGCCUCCAGUGAUGAUGAAGACGAUACUUCUACUGCCUUGGGAAUGGGCAUCAGUCCAUCGCCAUUUGUCCCUCAACCAAACGUCUUUAGCCAUCCACCGCUGACCAAUGAUCCUUCCUGGACUCGACCAAGCGAGUCCCGCCGUUCUCAACCCAGUAUGCUGUCUAAUUCGAGUCGCCGCACAGCCAUUCGUCGAGAGUCCUAUCCUUCUGGCUCACGGCAGUCUCGCCGAUCUCCUCAGUCUCAACAUAGUCCUUAUAAUAUGAUAUCACCUUCGCACCAUGCGGACCAUGAUGCCGCCCUUAGAGCCAGCCUAUCUACCCUUCUGUCCUGUGCUGCUGCUGCUCGUGGACUCCCCAAACCAGAAAAUCAACGGCCUCAGCCUCCCACCUCCUCCCGCCCUGCCCAACCAUCUUCAUUCCGACUUGUUGGCGUGUCUGUGGCCAUGGGAGAAGAGAGUGAUGAUGAAAACGUUUCCUCGCCUCAGAAUGCUGAGACCAGCCCCUCAGUGGGCCCGGCCCUUCGUCGUGACCCUCGCUCCCCCGUGCCACCGUCUAGUCCGCCAGGGAAGACUAAACGACGAUCUACCUCCCCUAAGGAUCGGACUUCCACCUCUAAAAAGAGUCGGCGUGCAAGCCUCACGGAUUCGACAGCCCCCGUCAGCCCCACAGUCAUGACGUGGGUCAUCAGUGCUGGUGUGGUGGUCUUGUUCUCGGCGAUCAGCUUUUCUGCGGGGUAUAUGCUCGGUCGGGAAGUUGGUCGGACGGAGAUGGGUAUGAUGGGGGACGGUGGUGUCCCUGGUGCUCGUUCUUCGGCGGCAUGUGGUCAGGAGGCUGUUCGAGGCGGUCUUAGGCGGCUGCGUUGGGGUACAGCGGCCGCUGGAUCUGCGAGCCUGGCCUAA